GACGAGAUCUCUCAGCACACUUCGAAGGUGAAGGCGGAGCUCGCCAUGGUCGAGGCCGCCUGGAAAUCCUUCGAGCGCAACUGCUGGAACGAUUUCAAGAAGCUCUCAGAGGUGUGGGCGGUGCUUGGGUGGAUGUGCAGCUAUUGGCUUACUGGGAAAUGGCCUAGCGUGCGCCACGACCAGAUCCCCUUUUCCAGGUCGCCAUUUCGCGGCGACAAGCUCCGCUCGGCCAGAGCUGGACAAGCCAUGCAGGUGAGGGGUGUAUUGAUCGACUUCAGGGGGGACUGGGCUUGGUACAAGCAA